AUGAAUGAGCCCUACACAGCCGUUAAAGGUCUUUAUAACUUGGUUGGAGUACUUCAUAACGAUCCAGACGAAGGAACUGGUAUUUUAAAAUUGGUGAAGUUUGUGAGAAAUCUACAAGGACACAAGAUUCCUGAAGUUGUCGUUAAAUACUCCUUAGCACGGCAAAUCAAUUUAUUUGGUGGUUACCCCUCGAAGUCUGAUAUUUGGCCCUCCGCUGUGCUUGCUGCUAUAUUUGGCAUUCUUGCUUUGGCACAUCUUUUUGUUUUUUUGUUCAACUGGUCAAGAGGUCAUUAUUUUUACUUGACUUUGAUCUUUGGAUUUUGCAGUCUCAUGAAAUUGAUAGGGUUUACAACGAGAGCAAUAUGGGGAGGCGAUCAGACCUUAGUUCAAGUUGGUCUAACUUCAGAGUUCUUUAUUAUCGCACCAUUUGUUAUUGUAGUCUCGGCCAAUUUAGUGCUAGCACAGAGAAUUUUUGCUUGGAGACAUCCAGUUGGUGGUAACAGAUGGCUUUUCUGGAAUUUUAUGAUUUUCCUUUAUAUUAUGGUAGCCGUACUCUUGGGAAUAACGGUUCUAGCUUCUUUUGUUCCAUACAUUAAUUUGAUUUCUACGAAAUCAUACCAUCAAUGGAAUCAAGUAGUGAUGGCAACAGCAAUUAUCGUCGACGCCUACUCACUAACAGCUAUCUCCUUGAUUGCCUUAGCUUUCUUCUUCAAGCCAACAAGAAAGGAUGAGAACUUAUACACCUAUCAACCAUGGUGGAUAGAAAGCUUCUCCCCAUUUUACUACGUUAAAAAGAAUGCAGCGCAGGAAGCGGAAGAGACAUUCAUGAAACGUAACCAUAAUCAUAGACAUGCUAUCAGAGUUAUUGCCGCAACUCAUCAUAAUUAUAAUACUGUCGAGGGGUUGACAAAUCAAAGAGGUAGUUUGAAGCACAAUACGUCUAUUGUCUUGAUUACUAUCACUACUUUACUUAUCCUCAUUCCUGCUAUCGGUAGAACUGUUGUGGUAUUUCACCCUCAGGCAAAUAUCCACGCAUCACCUGCUGCAAACAAAACAUUUAUGUAUAUUUCAUGGGGUAUUUUUGACAUAAUUAUCCAUAUAUUAUAUUUGGUAGGUAGAGUCGAUUUGCGGUUCUAUAGACCUGAUAUACUACCUCAAAAGGUUAGAUCUAUCAUUACUGCCGAACAGAGUUAUUAUCCUUCAGAUAAUGAAGACUAUGUGCCUCGUCACACGAAGGAGUAUCAAUAUUCUGAAUCGUAUGAUGGGUUUGAAAGUAUAGUCAGUCCUCCGAGGUUCUCAUUUGAAGAUGAAAAGGCAGAAAAGAAACACGCUCAUUUUAAUUUCCCAUCAAAAGAUUUCAAUGACGAAAGGGAUUCAGAGUUUCACUUCUAG